UUCGCACAUCGUUCCUGCUGGGCUCGUUUUGUUCGUUGCUCAACCUUUUUAGAACCUAUAAAUCCUAAACUUGGUAGAAAAGCAUGGCCAAGCUAGACGCUAGCAACCAACAGGCCUUGCUCAAGACCGUUAUUCUCGGUCUUAUAGCUGGAGCAGCCUUCUCAUCACGUCUAUUCUCCAUCGUUCGCUAUGAAUCAGUCAUCCACGAAUUCGACCCAUGGUUCAAUUACAGAACAACUCAAAUGCUCGUCAAAGACGGUUUCUAUGAAUUCUGGAACUGGUUUGACCCGCGUGCCUGGUAUCCUCUUGGACGUGUUGUUGGAGGAACCGUGUAUCCCGGUUUGAUGGUCACUUCGGCCAUUAUCCACAACGUGUUGCAUUAUCUUCAUUUCCCAGUCGAUAUUCGAAAUGUCUGUGUGCUUCUCGCUCCCGUCUUUUCCGGAGCUACAGCUUACGCUACCUACUUGUUGACAUGCGAAAUUAAAGACUCCUCCGCUGGUUUAUUGGCCGCUGCCUUCAUUGGUAUUGCUCCCGGUUAUAUCUCUCGUUCCGUCGCAGGAUCUUAUGAUAACGAAGGCAUUGCUAUUUUCCUAUUGAUGUUCACCUUUUAUCUUUGGAUCAAGGCUUUGAAGCUUGGCUCCGCACUCUGGGCCGCUGCUGCUGCCUUUUUCUACUUUUACAUGGUGGCCGCCUGGGGUGGUUACGUCUUUAUCAUCAACUUGAUCCCUCUACAUGUUCUCGUGUUGAUGGGCAUGGGUCGUUUCUCUACUCGUGUGUAUGUUUCUUACUCUACAUUCUACAUUUUGGGAACUCUUAUGUCCAUGCAGAUUCCUUUUGUUGGCUUCCAGCCUACACGAACAAGCGAACAUAUGGCUGCAUUGGGUGUAUUUGGUCUCUGCCAAAUUCUUGCCUUCGUUGAGCUGGUUCGUAGCCAUGUGCAGGAAAGGCAAUUCCAAACUUUGCUUCGUAUUUUCGUCGUUCUUAUCUUCGUUGUUGGUGUGGUUGGCUUGACCGCUCUGACUAUGACUGGAUUUAUUGCUCCUUGGACUGGCCGCUUCUACUCACUGUGGGAUACUGGCUAUGCCAAGAUCCACAUUCCAAUUAUUGCCUCCGUUUCCGAACAUCAACCUACCGCCUGGCCUUCCUUCUUCUUCGACUUGGAGAUGUUGAUUUUCCUUUUCCCUGCCGGUGUAUACUUGUGCUUCAGACAAUUGCGUGAUGAACACGUCUUCAUCAUUGUUUACAGUGUUUUCGCUUCUUACUUUGCCGGUGUCAUGGUUCGUCUCAUGUUGACCCUUACUCCCGUUGUUUGUAUCUCUGCUGCCGUUGCGUUGUCCACUAUUCUUGAUACCUAUUUGGAUUUCAACACUGCCGAAUCCACCACUGAGCCGUCCGGACAACCAUCGGCUUCUACUGAAACCCCUCGAUCCAAACAUGCUAGUGCUGCUGCAAAGGCCGCUGCUACCAAAGAUGCUGACAGCACCAAAGAAAAGUACUUUGGUAUUCUCAACUUUGAUUCCCGUACUAUUGUGCUCACCAACUUUGUGAUCUUCCUUGUCAUUUUCGUUUGGCAUUGUACCUGGGUUACCUCCAACGCUUAUUCAUCCCCCUCCAUUGUGCUUGCUUCUCGCAACCCAGAUGGAUCACAACAUAUUAUUGAUGAUUUCCGUGAAUCGUACAACUGGCUUCGUCAAAACACCAAGGAGGAUGCUAAGAUCAUGUCAUGGUGGGAUUAUGGAUAUCAGAUCUCCGGUAUGGCUGAUCGUCCCACUUUGGUUGAUAACAACACCUGGAACAACACUCAUAUUGCCACGGUUGGUCGUGCCAUGUCAUCCAACGAAGAAGAUGCUUAUGAGAUCAUGAAGCAACAUGAUGUCGACUAUGUGUUGAUCAUUUUCGGUGGUCUGUUAGGAUACUCUGGCGAUGAUAUCAACAAGUACUUGUGGAUGAUUCGUAUUGCCGAAGGUGUUUGGCCAGACAAGAUCAAGGAAUCCAACUACUUUACUCCCACUGGUGACUAUCGCGUUGACGACAAGGCUUCUCAAACCAUGAAGGACUCCCUCAUGUACAAGAUGAGCUAUUACCGAUUCACCGAGCUCUUUGGACCUCACGCACCAGUUGAUCGUGUUCGACAACAAACCUUGCCCAAGGAAAGCCCAGAGUUGAAUGUGUUGGAUGAAGCUUUCACAUCUGAGAACUGGAUUGUACGUAUCUACAAGGUCAAGGAUCUUGAUAACCUCGGCCGUCUGCAUAAGGAUGUCGCUCAAUUUGAAGCUGGCAAGAAGAAGCGCAAGGCUCAGCGAAGUAGCAAGAGCAAGGCUAGAAGAAAGCAGCGAGAAGAUUCUGACUAAUUUGCCAUCAUGCCUUUAGAAAAGUUUUCAUCGUAAGCAGUUGCGUGUUUUAUACUUUUGCCCUUUUGCAAAACUUGCUCCCCAUUGUAUGACCUUUUUUUCCUUGGACCGUUUUUUUUCUUCCUUUAAAAAAUAAAAAUAUAUUUUUCCAACACAUUAUCAC